AUGGCUUGUGUGACACGGCGAUGCCUUCAGAGGCAGAAGGAGUUCAUUCUGGACGGGGUGGCAGUGGACACCAUUGGCAGCAGCUAUAACAACAUCCUCCCUAAACUCUGGUCGGCACUGCCUCCUUAUAAUGCUCAACUGGACAUGCAUUCUGCCAGCUACUUCUCAUCCCCAAUGGUCAAGUCAGUGUUGAGAAAAACAGACCAGACCCGUGGAGGGACUUCCAGGGAUGGCUGGAUAGUGGAUUAUUUCCAUAUUUAUGGGCCAGGCCAGAGGUACUUGAACAGGAGGAAUUGGUCAGGAGCAGGUCACUCUCUACAACAAGUGGCUGGCCACCAUUUGUACCUGUCCGACGCAAAGCCUAUCAGAGGGUUCAACGGGCGCUAUGGCUACCGUCGCAACACCCCCGAUCUCCGUACCCGUUCCUCUUGCUUCGGAGAAGUCACCUGUCUCUCCCUCUACUGAACAGCACAAAAUGCAUUCCCCCACAUCUU